AUGGAGAAUAGACGUAGAAUCUCUGAUAAUAUCGUGCCCAGCGACAUCAUCGACUUGACUGGGGACGAUGAUGAUGCCUCUACUACUACUAAUACUAGUGGAGUUCAGCAAGUGACAAAUCGGCCAUGUACUUGUACUUGUCCGCUGUACGAGCAGUAUAAGUGCCCGAUAUGCCUGAUGCUGCUCACGGAACCGGUGAGCACCGCCUGCGGCCACGUUUUUUGCGAUCAAUGCCUGAUGAUGGCCCUGCACACUGGAGUACCGACUUGCCCCAUCUGCAAGGCCUAUAUUAAUACUGGCCAAGUUAUUCGUAUUUACAUUUAG